AUGUUUUUCUCAGUGAUCACCCAUCCAGAACCUGGCUCAAAGACAAAACCAUUGCCAAUCAAAAUGUUUGAGAGCAGCCUCAGUGGACCACAAGCCAACAUUGCUGCGCUGCUGGUCAAAGAGGAGCUCGUCUGCUUCAAACAGAGAGGUGCAGCCAAGGAUCAAAAAUGUCAGAAUGAUGAGCCUGUCAUGUGGGACCCUCCGCUUUAUGUCAGCUAUGGCACAGAAGGAGUUUCAGAUGGUCCAGACCAGAUGGUCUCUGGAGAUGAGGAACAAUCUGAGUUUCAGCCUCAGCUGCAGGUUCCUGCUGUCUUCAAAAACCUGAAGGUCAGAAUCACACACAUCAACUCGCCAAGCAGCUUCUUCGUGCAACUGACCAAAUACGACUCUCGACUCAAAAGGAUAUGUGAGCUGUUGAAGCAGGAGUAUGCAAAUGCAGAGCCCCAAGACAUAGAGUGGGAAGCAGACAUGUACUGUGCUGCUCACAUCAACGAUGUUUGGGAGAGAGGACAGAUCUGCUCCACUGACACAGUCAGCAAGACGGCACAGGCGAAAGCCUGGAGCGAAGCAUCACUCAGGUUCCAUGUGUCAGUGUCAGCUCCAUUAUCCUGGAGAGACCUGGAAAGUGUAAGGGCAAGACCAGCAGGAGGCCUGUUAACCUGGACGGCCACAGCCUGUGACUUCAUCUGCUACUACCUGAUUGGAGCCUCUGCUGUAAUGACCAUCAAGCUGGAGAACCACACAGAGAUGCAGUACGUCAGCACACUCUCAAUGGAGCAGCGUGGUCGAUCUGCGGCUGCCUCAGGUCUUUCCACCUCAAAGCGUGUGAAGAAGUGUUUCAGCUCCUCUGCUAUCGCAGCGCCACCCUCCGCCAUUACAGUGCUGGAAUUAAAGUGGGUCGGCUCUGGCUGUGCUGUACUGCAACCCACCCCCAGACCUGAAAGCGACAUCACAUUGCCUCAGCAGUACCUUGACCUCUUUAGUCAUCCAGGGUUUCUGGUUAGCCUAUAUCCAGAAACGUUUGUCAACAGUGACAUUGUCAAAACAAAAACUGAUGUUGGUGGCAAGUGGCAUGGAGAUGGAAUGGCCCUGCUGAAAGAGCUGUUGUUGGGCCGCUAUGUUGACAUGGUGGUAAAGAAAGACACUCUGAUGCCUGCUGACGGCUUCUUGGAUGAAUGGGACCUCGAUACUAAGGAUUUGUGGAAUCUCGAGGAGCCGACCCUGGGACCCUUCAUCAAGCCACAGCUUCCCUCAAAGGGAGAGGAGCUCCCGGUCAAGUUGUACCUCUGGCCGUUGGUGGGAUCAUAUAACAUGGAGAUAAAUGGAGAAACUUUAAAUGAAGCUCUCAGCAGAAUCAACAGAGACAUCAGCAGUCUGCCUCGACUCACAAACUUCCCUCCUGGUAAAAUUCCUUCUUUUUUUGGUGGUCCAUGUCUGGCAGAGUACAGUGAUGGGAUCUACUAUCGAGCAAAGCUGAUGAAAUUCACAAGCAUGGAACUGGUCACACUCCUGGUCCAACAUGUUGAUUUUGGAUCUGAUGACACUCUGCCCACCAGCAAGCUCCGCCAGAUGCCAGCUGAGCUGCUUCGCUUUCCAGUUCAGGCGCUCAGAGUCCACCUCAUGGGCUUCAAACCCCCCGCCGUCAGACCGCAGGAGGAUGUGCUGCCCUACAGCCCCAGGUGGAGCAUGAAGGCUGUAAUAGACACAGUCGACCUGCUCCACGGCACAAUCACAGCCUCAGUCGUGGCUCAGGAACCAGAGCUGAAGGUGUUGCUGUACAAAGAUGGCGAGUUGAUCCAUUUGCCUCUGGUGAAGAGCGGCCUGGCUGAACUCGACUGUACCGGAGUUUAGAAAUCCUGUAACUCGGCAAAACU